AGUGCGAUAACGUGGGACGUAACACAGCCGAAUAACAACAACAACAACAGACUUUUCAAAAUAUUAUGGCUAGGAGGGUGCGCGUGUGUGCUGGGGCGUCAUCGAAUCCCUUGAUUGUUUCCCAAGUUAUGGCAGGGUCGAACGAAGAAGAUGAUGAACCUUCCCCUAAGUGGAUGAUUUAUGAUUCCCCAGAGAGAGUGUGUGUGUGUGCGUUUGUUCCUUGAGUGAGGUGUAAAUUUUCGGGUAGCGUGAAGUGAUCCUUUAACACUACCGAACACGGUGUGGAAAAUGGUUGAACUUUAUUGAAUUAUAAUAGUGAGGCGAAAUUGAAUUUCUGAAGUGUUCCCUGUCCACUUUUGAUUGAUUGAACCGCCGGUGUUGUUUGCGUUGUCUGCAGGUCAAGGAGAGUCUGGCUUGUGUGUGUGGGAAUUUAAGUGAUUUCGGUUUAAAAUGCAUGCUGAUACGAAUUUGCAGAUAUUCAGUUCAGAGUUGCAACUUCACGACUCACACCCAAAAAAAUAAUACACCCCGUCGCUACAGUGCUAUACCGAUCGCUGUCAACACUAUGCUGAAAGCUCCGAGCUGAACGCAACGCUCACCGUACCGCUCACACUACCACAUACAAACCUUAGUCGAGGGAAGCUUUUUGUUGCGGCCGCGACCGCGCCGAAGCGCAAAGCCAACGUGCGCCGAAGUCGUUCGGGCCGCGCACACUUCGUCAGUUUGUCUUGAGACAGCAACCUGUGUACAGGCAACAAGCGCGAGCAGUACGAAUCACGCCGCGUCUCUUCGAUGCGCAACACCGAACGACAACAAAAAUAGCGUGACUGGUUUUUUUUGUGCACGUGAAGAUAGCCAGCAGAAGGAGAGGCCCUACAGCACAACAAACGAGGUCACACGUAACCCUUGUGUGGGUAUUGCAGGCGCAAGAAUAUUGCAACGCGAAAGUUAAAAGGAUAGGUGAUCACGACACGGCUCCACCAGCAGGACGGGUGUUCCCCCCGAGGAAGGGUUUGGAGUCAUUCAGAAAAAGGGAUCUGUUACGGUUGAGCUUGAAUUGGAUUGCCGCUUUCAGGCAGCACGAGGAACACUCCUUUUGGACAUUCCUAGCCACAGUGCCGGCUCAACAAUCGAUUGAGGAGUGGCUUCAAUUUCUGCUACCCUCAACUACUGAGACACCUGCCGGUUCUUCUUGCUAAACAGUACCUACGACAUUCGACAGUAAAAUGAGACGACCGAGCGAUUCCGACUAUAACAAAACACAUCUGCCAGAUGUGGACGAAGAAAGCGAAACCGAUCUGGCGUUCGAGCGGCCCAUCUCCGCCAGAUCGUCCCACUCGCCGGACUCUGGGUUCCGGAGCAGUCGCUCCGAUCGUAAGACUUCCAGCGCCUCCACCGGCUCCGACGUGUACUGGGAGGCCACCGGAAGGCGUAGAAGCUCAGAUCAGGGAGCAGUGCUGACGGCGGACACGGACAGCUUCAUCAUCGGGCAGCGCGUCUGGGUCGGCGGCAUCCGCCCGGGCCAGAUUGCGUACAUCGGCGAGACACACUUUGCGCCGGGCGAAUGGGCCGGCGUCGUGCUGGACGAGCCGAACGGCAAGAACGAUGGGUCGGUCGCCGGCAAGCGCUACUUCCAGUGCGAAGCGAAGAAGGGCGUCUUUUCGCGCCUGACGCGCCUCACGCGCGAACCGCUGGCGAAUGCUGGCGGUGGCGGUGGUGACUCGACCGCCUCCACGCCGCUCGAUGCGAGCUUCCGGUCGCUGACGUCACCGGCCCGGUCCGGCACCGUUUCGCCCACGCACAGCGUCCAGAGCUAUGCCAGCAAAUCGCCAGCGAUGGCCGGAAAGGCCGCCUCGCUGAACGUCGGCGACCGGGUGAUCGUCUCGUCCGGGUUCGGGUCGCGCCCGGGCAUGCUGAAGUUUAUCGGCGAAACGCAGUUCGCUAGCGGCACCUGGUGCGGCGUCCAGCUGGACGAGGCGAGCGGCAAGAACGACGGCACGGUGGACGGUGUCAGAUACUUCGAGUGUCCGGCCAAGUACGGCAUCUUUGUGCCGAUUGCCAAGGUGACGCUGUCCCCGUCGGCCCGCAAAACCUCGGUCCGGCUGUCCCGGGCCAACUCGAAGGAGUCGCUCAACUCGCUGGCCACGAUGAGCUCGAUCGCGACCACGGCCACCUCCCGGCUCCGGAUGAGCGCACAGAGGAAAUCCACGGUCAGCGCUGUGCCGUCAACACCGAAAUCUUCCUUUUCGCUUCAGGAUGUCCUACGGGAGAAACAGAAUCACAUCGAGCAGCUAAUGCAGGAGCGGGAAAUCGAUCGCGAGGAAACAGCCAACCAAUCGAUUAUGUACCAGAAGAACAUCCAACAGCUGAAGGAAAAGGUGACCCUGCUGGAAAAAUCGCUCGCCGACGAGAAGCGCCGCAACGAGGACCUACAGUUCAGCGUGGACGAAGCAACGUUCUGCGGCGAAGAGCUAAACGGAAAAAUUCAAAAUUCAGUACGCGCUCAAACACAAGUGUUCAAAGAAAAAAUAGCCGAUUUGGAGGCUCAGCUGGCUGCUGGCGGAACUGCAGGAAAACCCAACGAGCCAACACAGCCAGGAGUACCACCAGAAGAAAUCAACGCCGUUCGGGCAGAGCUGAACGCCGAAAUCGAUAAGCUAAAGGCGGAAAUACUUGCCAAGGAUCAGAAGCUGCAUCUGACGGAAGAGUUGAAGCGUUCGCUCGAGAACGAAAUCCAGAACCUGCACGAGAAGGUGGCCGAUGCGGAGCGAGCCGCUGCCAGCAAACUCUCCGCACUCACGAUCAGCGAAGAGUGCCUCAAGGAGCAGAUCAACUACCUCGAGCACCGGGUGGACGAGCAGAGCGACCAGCUCACGGUGAAGGAUGCCGAGCUGGAGAAACAGUAUCUGGCGCUCAAGAAUGCCGAAAGCGAACAGGAAGAGCGGCUGGCGGCCCUGCAGGAUGAGUUGCGCUCCAAGAAGGAUCUGCUGGCCGAGCGGGACCAACAAGUGCAGCUGCUCGAGCAAACGGCGGAGGAGCUGCGGGCCGAUGUGCGGCAGCGCGACCUGAAGACGGUGGAGCUGGAAAGUGACCUUAGGGCGAAGUUGCAGGAACAGGGUACCUCCAGCAGCAAGUUGGCAGAGAAGCUGUCCGAGCUGGAGGUGGCGCUUGUGGAGGUGAAUGCUUCCAAGACCCACCUCGAGCGGGACCUCACGAACGCAACGCAGACAAUCAAGGUGCUUGAGGAGGACCGCAGUGUGAAGGAAAAGGCGGCCCAGGAAGUGGAAUCGAAGCUAACGGCGAGUGAAGCGGCACUGAAGGCGGAAAUAGCUUCACGACAGGAGCAGGAAUCGUUGGCGCAGAAGCUGCAGCGCGAUCUGCAAUCGCUCGCAACGAGCGGUGAGAGUAGUGCCGCACUGCUGGCCGCAAAGCAGGAGGAACUGUCCAAUCAGGCCAAACAGCUGCAGGAGCUCGAGGCAGAUAAGGUGAAGGUGCAGCAGGAGCUGUCCUCACUGCAGCAAAAGUUCGAACAAUCGCGCACCGAGCACGAGCAGCUGAUAGCGGAGGUGCAUGCUCUUGCCGAUGCGGAACGGAACACUAUUGCCGAGCUGCGCAAGCAAUUGCAAACAUCGGAACAGGAAAAUCUUGCCAAAGACAAACAGCUGGAAGAGAACGAGGUGCUCGUGAGUGCGCUCCAGAACGAGCUGAAGGAACUGAACGUCUCCAAGGCCAGCCUAAACCAGGAGCUGACGGCGAUAAAGGCCAGCUUUGCGGACAAGGACGGUACGCUGGCGAACAUCUUGCAGGAGAAGACAGCUUUGGAGAAGCAGCUGGAAGAAAGUAAACAGGAGCUGGCGUCGAAGGUGAAGCAGCUUGAGGAGGAUCUGCGCAAUCGUGAAGAUACUUUGCGCAAAGAGCUUGAGUUGAGUGCGUCAACUGCGCAACAGCAGCUGAGCGCAAAAGAGGAAGAGCUUACGCGGCUGUCGCAGGCAAGAGAAGAGCUUCAGAAGCAACUUGAAGCUGCACAGCAGCAGAUGAAGGAUGUAUCCGAUAAGAUGAAGCUGGCAGAAGACACGAUUGCGACCCGAACGAACGAAUCGCAAUCCCUCAACCAGCAGCUCUCCUCACUUCGCUCCGAGUUGAGUUCCAAGGAUGAGCAGCUAGCCAAGCUCAACGCUUCUCUCGCCGAAACUGCAGCCCGGGAGGAAGCAGGUGGAAAGAAAUUGGGCGAAGCGGCAGAGCAGUACGGCAAGCUUGAAAUCGAACACGCCGACCUGCGUCGAAAGAUGGACGCGCUGGAGCAAAAGUCCGCUCAGGUCCAGCAGCAGAAGCUGGACCUCGAGCGGGAGCUCGAUUUGCAACGCUCCAGCACGCUCGACUCCAACUCCGAGCUGGCAAAGCUCACGGACGAGCUGAAGGCGAAACAGCGCGCACUGGACGAGCUGCGCGAUAGUUACGAUACGCUGAAGAUUGAAACCGAACGGCGGGCGGAUGAGAGUACCCAGGCGCACGCGGCACUACAGGAGCAGGUGGAACGCGUGCGGCAGGAGAUGCAGCAAAUCUCCGACCAGAAGAUCAUCCAGGAGAACGAGCUCAACACGGAGCUGCGCAAGAUUAAAGAGCUGGCCGAGCAGGAGCAGGACAAUCUGGUGCGCACGAUAGCGGAGCUAAAGGUGAGCUUCGAGCAGGAGCGGCAACGCAUCGACAGUGAGCAUGCGGCCGAGCUGGCAAAGAGCGUGUCGGAGCGCGAGCAACAAAUGGCAGCUAUGAAGAGUGAGCUUGAAAGCGCGCUCGGAGAGCUAAAGGCACAGCUCGAGGACGCACGGAUUGAGAGCAAAAAGCUACAAGAGCUCAACGAAACUGCUGUCAGUGCUGCAAAGGAGCAGGAAGAGUCGCUUCAAAAGCAGCUGCAGCAGAGCCGGGAAGAGUCCAGAACGCUGCAGCAACGGCUGGACGAGCUGCGGCAGUCGAUGGAACAGGGCAGCCAGGACCUAACCGUGCAGAUCGACCAGAAAGCUCAGCGUAUCGUUGAGCUCGAGCAGCAGCUGGACGAGCAGCGAACUCUGCAGCAGAAACGUUCGGCCGAAGUGGCUGAGAUGGUCGCAAAGCUCGAGGAAAACGGCAAAUCGUAUGCGGAAAUGUUGCAACAGCUUCAGGAAAGCUACACCCAAAUUGAAGCGCUGAAAAAGGCAAAAUCGGAAUCGGAGGAAGCGUGCCAGCAGGUGCAACAGCGGCUGCAAGACCUGAACAGCUCGUACAGCGAGAUGGAAGAGGAGCAGGUCGAUCUCGUGAGUCGCGAGGAGACACUGCGCAAGGAGCUUGCGCAGCUGCAAGAACAGAUGCAGCAGGCUGCGGGCGAGCAGAAGGAACGGUAUGAUGCGGUUGUAAGCAAAAACGAGGAGCUGUUGAAACAACUCGAGUCUACCUCUUCGGCCAAGGGAGCCACAGAGACUGAGCUCAUUGCGCUCAGACAAGAGCUUGCGACCAAAGCCACCUCUCUGGGUGAGCUGCACGCAAAGGUUAAGGAAUUAAACGCUCAGUUGCAAACGAAGGCCACGCUGGAGCAACAGGUACAAAGUCUGGAGCAAUCGGUUUCUUCCAAAGAUGCGUCUAUACUCGAGCUUUCCAGCAAGGUGGAAGACCUACAAAAGCAAACCACAUCGAGCAAUGCCAAAAUUGUUGUGAAAGAGGAAGAACUUAAGCAGCUACAGAAAGAGAGCGCUUCGAAGGACACACAGCUAAAAGAUCUACAGCACCAGCUAGAAGCGAUGCAGAAAACUCUCGCCGACAGUACAGAGCUCAGCAAACGCACCGCCGUAGAAGCGAACGAGCUGCAGGCAGCGCUAGAAAAGUCCCGCUCCACCGUAAAAGAGCAGGAAGACAGGCAGAAGGAGCAGCAGCGGCGCAUCGCCGAACUGGAAACCAAGCUCGCCGCACAAGCGACCCAGUUCGAUGAGUUGCUCGAUCGGAAAAAAUCCGCCGAAACGGAGUACUCGCACCGUACGCACGACCUUUCCCAGAAGCUGCUCGAGCUGGAGAGUGCCAAAAAGCAAGAGAUCGACGAGCUGCAGCAACGGCUGGCCGAGCUGAUGCAGCGCGUCGAAACGCAGGUGUCCGAAACGGCUCAAACCGUCAGCAGCAAGCGGGCGGUGGAGAAGCGCCAGCAUGAGCUCGAGUGCGCCAAGAAGGAUCUGGAGCUGCGCGAAACCGAACUGCAGCUGGCGAACCGUCGGCUCGAGAAGGACAACGAGCAGCUUCGCUCGCAGCUCGUCCUGAAGGAGAGUGAGCUGACGAAGCUGGCAAAGGCGGCAACUGCCGCAGCAACGGCAGCCGACAAUUCUGGCACCGUCCCGAACCGAGGGGUUGGCGUCAUGAGCGACUCCAAGGAUGACGAUUCCGGAGCACAGAUCGAUUUCCUCAACUCGAUCAUCGUCGAUAUGCAGCGAAAGAAUGAGAAGCUAACGCUGCGGAUACAGGCGCUCGAGUCGACCAGUGCGGAUAGUCACAACAUGAGCUUUGAUAUUCAGAAGCGUAAGCCGGCACCGCGCGUGUUCUGUGACAUCUGCGACGAGUUUGAUCUGCACGAAACCGAGGACUGCCCGAAGCAGUGCUCCGACAGUCCGCCGGAAUCGCUGAAGCAUCCCUCGGACGGCAAGGAGCGCAAGGUGCCACCGCCAAGGAAGUACUGCGAAAGCUGCGAAGUGUUUGGUCAUGAAAUUGGCGAGUGUCCGGACGACGAGACGUACUAAGGCAGGUGCGGCGAGCAACCCGCUCAUCCCGUCGUGCUUAUUUGAUGGAUUUCUUCCUUAUUUGUUUUAGAUUAUACAUAGUUUCUCUCCCCUCUCCCCGUCUAAGAUAAGAAUUUUUGGAAUCAAUUUUACGCACUAGAACUUGUUAUGCAGUUAUUUAUUUCAACACCAAGAGAGGAGGCAGCUUUAAUAUUUAAAAACAAACCGAAUUGCCUAAAAUGUGUGGUUUCUUAUGUAGAACGAUUUCGUAUAAGAGAGCGAACGCGUACGUGUUUUGUGUCUUUGUUCUGCUAUUUUUAAAUUAUUCCCUUAAUUUUCUGUUUGCGUUCGGAUUGAUGAUAAAAACAAACAACCACACACACACACAUCAACAGUAAAAACAGUAGACAUGAUAGAUAGGAUUAAUUCAAUAUUUAUACUGAAUCCAAUAUAGGUCACACAUUCUUAAACAUUAAAAAGCCUGCCUGUUCGCACACCGACAUUCCAAGAGGGUAAAAACGGACCGUGAACCCUCUCUCUCUCUAUCCCGCUGCUCACCUACUCUCCCCUCCCGCCAUUUGGUGUAUCCGAAAUAAUCCUAAUCGCCACCCUCCUUCUUUUCCUUCAUCGCCUCCCGGAACCGUUCCUCGAACAGGGACAGCUCGGACAGCAGAUCGGUGAUGGCGUUCAUGAACGCUUCGUGAGGGGAAUAUUCCGACGUCGUCUGGAUGCGCAGUACGAACUUGUGCUCGAGCGGGUGGGGAAGUUUGUAGCCAGCGAACAGCACGUUCGGAUCCUUCAGCAGCUGGCUGCAGGGGGCGCGGAAGGAUGAGGAGGAGGAGGAGCCGUACAGGAUGGGCGCGAGAAAGAAAAGAAGGUGUGCGCAUGUAAAUCAAAAUCCCGUGGCAUGGUUCAUCAAUGGCCCGAAAAAGCCGCUCAAUGAAAUACUCACUUGCGAAUCAUGUUUCCCAGCGUGUGAUCUUCCUUGUUGACGGUGAAUAUGGCAGCGUUUGGAACUUUCAUGUCCAGUUCUUUGAUAAUUCUGGUGCAGCGGGGAAAGAGUAAAACAAUUCGUUUAGUGUGCAUUCAUUCGUUAGGUCGGUGCGGCAUCAUUCGCCCAGAAUGCUACCGGUCGACCGAUUUGGCUAACUUACUUCUUCUCUCCUUCGUACAGAAGGAAAGAUUCGAAGGUCGGUGGUGCGUUCAUGGUGGAAAAAUCAGUUGGCUCGACAGGUGAAACAAAUAAACAAUCAAAACUGG